GAAACACUUUUUAGCCUGAUUGCUACCAGAAUCAAGAGUUUUGUCUCUCUGAAAGAACUGAACUGGGAUUUGAUCUUGUUCAUCAUCUCUGGCCUCCCUGGACAGAUUUAAUGAACCUGUUCUUCUGAGGAUUGGAAAUGGAGUCGACUGAGAAAGCAAGAAAGAACCACCACAGAAUGGAACAGAUGCCGAAAGAAGAAACGUCUCAGUUGAUUCCGGGACUUAAUCCUGAAGAGGAUGAAGAUUUCCUUUCUGGACUGAAUCCGGAGGAGAAGGAAUGUCUGGGUUUCUUGAUUCAGACAAUCAAUAAUUUGGAUAAGGAAGUCUCAGAAGACAAUGAGUGGCGUCAUGAGGAAACGGAAGGAUCUCUAGGUUCUCAGGACCAAUGUCAGCAUCAUGUCAUCUGCAGCAUGCCGCAACAAAGUAAAUUUGGGGAAGAUGCCCCAUGGAAACCUGCUGCCUGCCCAGCAGUUACUAAAAGUAAAAUGAUCAAGUCCCAUUCAGUGGAGUGUGAUGAAAUCGCUUUGAGGAGGUGGUCUGAUCUUUAUCAUCCUCCAGUCAAAUUUCCUCCUAGAUUAGCCAACUCUCACCCCACCCACUUAAAGAAGUUUGACACCAUACUGAAGUCAGGUGUCAACGUUCAGGAGCUCCGCUCACGCUUCCUGCACCACCACGACAGUUCUGCUCCUGUCAAGCAACCGGCAAAGGAUUCCGUGAGACGUUUGUCCAGUGCUCAAAGAUCUAUGCGGGAUGAAGCGCUGCACAAGCUGGGCUUUCUUCAGAGAGACGAAGCUUUUCAGAAUGCGCAUCAGUGCAUCCAGCUCCCGUGUGCUGAAAGGCCAGAUAAAGAGGCAACGGCAGGUUCUAGCCACAUGCUUAAGAAGUAUCCAUAACCCUUGCUACCAUCCGGGGACAGAUGCUUUCUUAAAGUCAGCUGAAAGCACGGCGAGGUUAGAACAUCUCUUCUAAUAUGGUAUUGUUGGAUUAUCUUCUGCAAAAUGCUUAGACCAGAAUACGGAACCUGUAAUGUAUUGUUUUAUGCCAAUGUAUUUAACAGCAUUUCUUGUAUUAUUGUUAUUAUUAUUUUUUUGCACAGAUCAUCUUAUUGGUACAGUAGUUGAGAUGCAUCAUGUUGACUUUUAAUUUGAUUUCUAAACUUUUUAAUAUUGCUUCCUUAAUCCCUGGAGCAGUGAAAGAUAUUACUUUGUGAAAAUGGAGGCUCAGUUUCCUUCCUUUAGACUAAACUUAAUAUCUUUACUUAUAAGAUCAAAGCACAAUGCACCCAACAUCACAGAGAGCUUUCGGUUUUAGCUUUUACUAGGCAGUCUCCUGGUCUUCUUCCUCAGAUUAAUAUAGAGGAUGAAAACAAUAUUGUUUUCUAAUCAGCACUCCCUAUGUUUUGCUAGUGCAACUUCCAAAAUUUUCAUUUUUACAGAUCAUGGGAGGGGAACCCAGAGCAAUGCAUUGCUUAGAUCCCUUUAACUAUUCAAGAGCAGGUCUCAUUUGAAUAUUACAUUUGGCUUGUGUGAGUCUCUGACACAAAUUGGAACAUGAGUAUCCCUUUGGAGCAGAGACUGGGAGGAAUAUCUGCUGGGUCUCUAAUGAAGACCAUCACAUUUACUUCAUGAGGGAUCCAUAUAUUCUAACUGAUGCUACAGUCAACUAUUGUUUUUAUAGGCAGCAAUGUCUCUUUUUUUUUUUUUACAAAAAUAAGAUUUUAUUUCCUUAUUAUCUUUCUAUUUUUAAAAAUUCUUCAAAGUACACAAAAGGUCAAAAAAACAGACAUAUGAAAGAUAUCACCUACUAAUUUUGUGUUAAUAUUAGCAUCACUUUUGGAAAUGUUCUACAAGGAAAACUCUAUUAAAUGUUGAUUAAUUUAACUAUUGUUUAACUACAGUAACUCUGUAUUAUAUCAUAUUCCUU